AUGCCCCCAAGAAGGAGUGCACGCAGCAUGAGAGAGAAUCCUGAAAGCCAAACACCUGAUAUAGCGCAGUUGAUAGCUCAGCAAAUUCGGGAGGCAGUACCAACUAUUGUCGCUCAGGUUACAGCGGGCAUUAAUGCAAGUCAAAGGAGUGAGGGAGGCCCUAGCACCGAGAAUCUCGUUAGGGAGGAGAACCGUAACACCAAUGAUAGAGGAUGCAGCUACAAGAAAUUCAUGUCCUGCAAGCCCAAGGAGUUUCAUGGUAAAAAAGGUGCAAUUGGAUUACUAUCAUGGAUUGAGAGCAUGGAGUCGGUACUCCAUAUUAGCAAGUGCUCAGAUGACUGUAAGGUGGAGUAUGCAACAUGCCAACUCCAGGGUAGAACCCUAACUUGGUGGAACAUUCAAGUUCAAACCCGUGGUCGCCAAGCUGCCUAUGAACUAUCAUGGGAAGAACUCAAAAAGUUACUCAUCGAAGAGUAUUGUUCUAAGAGCGAAAUUCAGAAGUUGGAAGUUGAAUUCUGGAAUCACACCAUGAUUGGAAUGGAGGUGGACAAAUACACUGCUCGUUUUCAUGAGCUUGCCAAGUUAGUACCUCAUAUGGUCACUCCAGAGGAGAAACGAAUUGAUCGGUACAUCUGGGGAUUGGUACCUGAAAUCCGAGGGAUGGUCACGUCGGCAAACCCAACCACUAUACAAAACGCGGUGGUUUUGGCAAAUCGUUUGACAAAUGAUGCAGUUAGAUCAGGGAUUUUAAAGCAAGACAAAUUUGGUGGAAAGAAGAAACUAGAGGGGCAAUCGUGGAAAAGGGCCAACAACAAUAUAGGCAAGAACCAAAAAGUGAUAAGAAACUUUGGGGCUCAGUCUCAAACAAGAGAAAAGGGCAAGGAAACUUACCCUAAAUGUGGCAAGUGCAAUUAUCACCAUAGCGGGAGUUGCAUCAUCUGUUUCAGAUGCAAUAAAGGAGAUACUAAUCCAGCACGACCAGUCAACCAAGGAAAUCAAGGAGGCCAAGCACGAGGUCGAGCAUUUGCAAUUGGGGUGGAAGAAGCCAGGCAAGACUCGAAUGUGGUCACAGAUAGGAGYUUUGUAUCCCUAGAAUUUAGACCAAAGAUUGGUUUAAAAUCGCAAAAGCUGAAAGAAGAUUUCGUUAUCGAGUUUGCUAAUGGUCAGGAAGUUAGGACGAAAGACGUAAUCACAAAUGGUACAUUACGUUUAGCUGAACAAAACUUUAUCAUAGACCUUAUUCCAAUUAGAUUAGGAAGCUUCGAUGUAGUUGUGGGUAUGGAUUGGCUAUCCAAAAAUCAAGCCGAGAUAUGUUGUUCUGAGAAGACCAUUCGAAUUUUGAAAGGAAGUGAAACGCUCGUGGUGCACGGAGAAAAGUCCCAGAGAAAUUUCAAGUUAGUAACAUGUAUGAAGAUGCGAAAAUACUUGAAAAAGGAAUAUGUCGCGUUUAUGGCUCACAUUAUGGAUAAAGGAAUUAAAGAGAAACGCAUCCAGGAUUUUCCCAUAGUUCAGGAUUUUCCCGAGGUGUUUCCUGAUGAGCUACCAGGAUUACCCUCGUUACGGUAA